AUGCAACGGGUGACGACGGGGGGCGGCACGAACGCGCGCGCGCGCAAGAUACCGAUAUUCUUCUGCCUGGGGUCGCGGAUACGGCUGCACCAGUGGCCCGUGAACGGCGACAAGGCGGAGUUGAACGACGCCAUGGCCAGCUGCCUUGGGCUCAGCACCAGCAGCAGCCAAGUCAAGGGGAGGGACCCGGCUCUGGCGAUCUGGGUGCCGGAGAAGUACCACCUGCCGCGGGAGAUGUACGAGGGAGCAGAGCCGGAGGGGAUGUGCGGGCACUGGGAGGUGCUCGACGACAUGGAGAAGGUGCACGCGGGGUGCAAGCUGACGCCCACCAACCUGGUGUGGCGCGCGGCCAUCCGCGUGGACCAGGUCAGCUACGAAGAGAACCGCCGAGUGUUCGCCAGCAUCCGCCAGGCCGCCUCCGGCUCCACCGAGGCCCGCAUCUGGCUCAACAACCUCCUCAACGAACCCUCCUCCUCCAAGGUCGCCGCGUGGGUGUCCGUGUUCAUGAUGCUCCUCAUCCUCCUCUCCACCGUGGCCUACAUCGCCGAAACACUCCCCCACGAAUACACCGACGAAUCAGUCAUGAACGAGUACUUCUGGAUCGAGACGGUCUGCAUCGCGUUCUUCACGCUCGAGUACCUCUUGCGUCUCCUCGCGGCCCCGAACGCGUGGAAGUUCGUCCUCGGCACCAUGAAUCUGAUCGACCUCGUGGCCAUCAUACCCUACUACAUCGAGGUCGCGCUCACGGGCGUGCAGAUCCCGGGGCUCCAAGUACUGCGCGUCAUGCGGCUCGUGCGCGUCCUCCGGCUCCUCCGGGUCGGACAGGGCUCCCUGCGCGUGCUGAUCAUCACGCUGCAGCGCUCGCUGCGCCCCAUGCAGAUCCUGGUGUUCAUGCUGGGCAUGGCCAUCCUGGUGAUGUCGUCGCUGUUGCACUUCCUCGAGCGCGGGCGCUGGAACGCCGGCCUGCAGACGUGGGAGCACCGCGUGGCGUGGACGUGCUCCUUCGUGUGCAGCGCGGGCGACCUCGGGGACCGAUUCGGCAUGUGGAGGGACUGCCGCCAGGCGGGGGACGUGGUGGACAUCCGCGUGCCCAUGAUCACCGGGCCGUUCUCGGAGGACUGUCGGGAGGUGUGGGAGGAGUCCAAGUUCGCCUCCAUCCCGCACACGUUCUGGUUCUGCGUCGUGACGCUCACCACGCUCGGAUACGGCGAGGACAUUCCGUAUUCGCCCGCGGGGCGCAUCGCGGCCUCGGUCACCAUGAUGUUUGGCCUGCUCACCAUCUCCCUGCCCAUCUCCGUCAUCGGGUCCAGGUUCCUGUCGGUGUUUGAGAAGCUGGGCGGGAACCGCAAUCAGCUGGUGGACGAAGACCUCACCGUGUCGUCGGAGAGCGUGGAUUCCGCGGGCGACGGGAUGGACAUGUUCCGCGCGCACCGCCUGGAGUCCCUGCGCCUGUCGUCGCACACGUCGGACAACCUGUCGCGCAUGAACGAGCGGCUCAAACGCCGCGCAAAGCGCAAGGGCGAUCUCGCCCUGCCCAACGUGUUCCAGCCGGGGGAGUGGUGA